AUGACUCAAUCAACUGUCCCUCAAGCUGACACCUCUCCCUCCACCCCGCCCUUUGUACGCCUAUUGGUGCUUGCAUGGCUUCGUACUAUACUCACAUUGGUACCAAAAGAUGCCAUAUCCAAAUUACUUGCUAGUCUAUGGUUGACGCCUGGUCAGGCAAAGGCCCUUGUCAAUGUUAUUAUGACUCCAACUUUUGCUGAUGUGUCUUCUAAUAUGAAGGGUCCCAGUGAAACAUCCUUGAAGACGACUUCUAUUAUGGCUCCAACUGCUGAUGAUGCGUCUUCCAAUAUGAAGGGUCCUGGUGAACCAUCCUUGAAGACAACUGCCUCGUCCAAUGGUGGCCUCAAUUUGUCCGGUAUCCCUGCUGAAGACUAUGUGGCCGACCCAAAUACGUUGUCUGUCUAUGUGACCCUUGGCUCUUACAGUGACAAGUUGCCAAAAAUUACCGUAAUCGAGCAAUCACACGAGUUCUUCGCCAAAGUAGCAGAUGCCAUGGCUGACGAGUGCUUCCUCUACUUCUACCACGGCAUCUUGUAUAACAUGCCUGCGGCGGCCAAUCCUAGUGCCCCUUACUACUGCGUGAUGCGCGGUCGUUAUAUUGGAGUCUUCAAUGGCUGGGACAAUGUCGCACCAAAAGUUCAGGGUGUACCACGCACUAUUUUCUCCAAGGUUGACUCACUUGAAGCGGGUGAGGAGAAUUUGAGGAGAGCCAUUGAAUGA